UGCCCUACCCUGGUUUCACUCCCGUCGCCCUCCGUUACUUAACGCAAGACACCAGGCCCAGAAGUUGGUGCCUCAAGCUUAUCACCAAUCCAUGGUUCGAGCGAAUAUCCAUGUUGGUGAUCCUCUUGAACUGCAUCACCUUGGGCAUGUACCAGCCGUGUGUCGACGAUCAAUGCACGACCAAUAGAUGCAAAAUAUUACAGGUUUUCGAUGAUAUAAUCUUUGCGUUUUUUACGCUGGAGAUGACGAUCAAGAUGGUCGCUAUGGGCGUGUACGGACACGGCACAUAUCUCGCCGAUUCAUGGAAUAGAUUAGAUUUUUUCAUCGUCAUGGCUGGAGCCCUGGAGUACGCAUUGAAUGUGGAAAACAUAAACCUAUCUGCGAUAAGGACAAUUCGAGUUUUGCGACCGCUUAGAGCCAUCAACAGGAUACCGAGUAUGCGUAUUCUGGUGAUGCUUCUCCUAGACACGUUACCGAUGUUGGGAAAUGUUCUGCUGUUGUGUUUUUUCGUGUUUUUCAUUUUUGGAAUCGUCGGAGUACAACUCUGGGAAGGAAUCCUUCGACAGCGCUGCGAACUGGUGCUCCCAGCGAACGUGAGGCGACCCAACAUAUCAUUCUACUAUGAGUUCUCAAAAGACAUGGACUACAUCUGUACAAUGCCAGAAGACAAUGGUAUGCAUACGUGUUCCAACCUCCCGCCUUACCGCUACGGUUCUAUAGUGUGCAACGAAACUGCCAAGCCAUACCCUUCACUGAACCUGCCAACAAACAUGUCAUGCGUAAAUUGGAACCAGUAUUAUACCAAUUGUACACAGAGAGGAUCUAAUCCGUUUCAAGGAACUAUUUCGUUUGAUAAUAUUGGCUUGGCGUGGGUGGCGAUAUUUUUGGUUAUUUCACUAGAGGGAUGGACAGAUAUAAUGUACUACGUACAAGAUGCUCACAGCUUUUGGGAUUGGAUAUAUUUUGUUUUACUUAUAGUGAUCGGGUCAUUUUUCAUGAUCAACCUUUGCCUGGUCGUCAUAGCAACCCAAUUCAGUGAGACUAAGAAACGAGAAAUGGAAAGAAUGAGGGUCGAAAGGGCUAGAUUCACAUCUUCGUCGACAUUGGCCUCCUCUACAAAUAAUAGUGAACCGGCUACUUGCUACGCUGAAAUUGUUAAGUACGUUGCACAUUUAUGGAGAAGAUUCAAAAGAAGAAUGGUCAAGAAAAUUAGAGUAUACCGAUACCAAAGAGCUCAGGUGCGAUGGCAGACAAGUCGUGAGACUCUACAACUUCCUGCAAACAAACCCAAACAACAUCACCCUUGUUGUCCACGUAUUCAUUCACAGACGGGGGUGAAACCCGAGGAGGGGAAUGAGGAACCCCUUGGCCGACCCAGCCUGUUGCGCGUGCCCUCUCUCUCCGCCGCCGAUCUCGAGAACGCGUCGAAUCUAUCUCUGCUGUCACCUCCAUCUUUGGCACGACGACGAUCAUCUGUGAUGUUCAGCGACACAGUGCUACUACAUACGCCUAACGCGCCGCAUUUAGCCCAUCCACAUAAUGUGUGCUCGUCAGAGAAAAUGACGCAAACAGAGUUCGACCUGCCGGCAGGCGACACUGCUGAGGAACGGGCUGCAGCUGGCGGUACAAUGUCUUGCCAAGAACUACUCGCAUUAUCUGGAGCGCUAUCAGCAGCCUUACCAACUGGGCAGGUUGCAUUGGACUCCUUCUUCGAAGAACUCACGAAGGGAAUUAGCAAAAGAGCUGGAGAGGAAAAGGCAGAUUCGAAAAAUGUAGAAAUAGAAGACUUUUCUUGCUGCGCCGAUCUGAUUGCAGCGGAGACUUUAGCGAAAGAGAACAGAAAGGGUAGAUUUUCCAGCACUUGCUCAAUCAUCUGGAGACGAAUAACCAAAUGCUUAUUAUGGUUAAGGAAGUACAUCAAAAUUAUUGUCAAUCAUAAAUAUUUCCAACAAGGUAUCUUAGUUGCGAUUCUCAUAAACACUUUGUCGAUGGGUAUUGAAUAUCAUAACCAGCCGGAAGAACUGACUGUGAUCGUGGAAAUCAGCAACAUAGUCUUCUCAGCCGUGUUUGCCGUCGAGAUGUUGCUCAAGAUCGUCGCUGAAGGCCCUUUCAAAUACAUUUCUAAUGGAUUCAAUGUAUUUGAUGGCGUCAUUGUCAUACUUAGCGCUUUUGAACUAGCACAAAAUAGCGGGAAAGAUAUUGACUCACAGAAUACAUCAGGACUGUCAGUGUUACGUACGUUUCGACUACUGCGUAUACUGAAACUCGUGCGGUUCAUGCCAAACUUGCGUCGGCAACUGUUCGUCAUGCUACGGACCAUGGACAACGUCGCCGUCUUCUUUUCUCUGCUCGUCCUUUUCAUAUUUAUAUUCAGCAUCCUCGGUAUGAACCUCUUCGGCUGCAAAUUCUGCGAAACAAUAGAGGAUGGCGAUAUCGAUUGCGACCGAAAAAACUUUGAUACCCUCUUGUGGGCCUUUGUCACAGUGUUCCAGUUUUGCAAGUACUACGAAGAUGAUGGCAGCGAGCGUGACUGUACCUGUCGCGAAAUCGUCGAGCAUCAUCCGAAGUGUGAGUGCGACAGGAAACAUUUUAAUAAUAUCCUAUGGGCUACCGUCACCGUCUUCCAGGUUUUGACACAGGAAGAUUGGAAUGUUGUCUUGUUCAACGGUAUGGAAAAGACUAGUCACUGGGCCGCUUUAUAUUUCGUAGCUCUUAUGACGUUUGGGAAUUACGUAUUGUUCAACCUGCUGGUGGCCAUUCUCGUCGAAGGAUUUAGCUCGGAGCGAAAUGAAAGAAGGGAACGCGAGCAACGCGAGUUAGCAAAGUCGAAACUCUCGAGCGAAUGCUUCUCAGAUAACAAUGAAAUACAAUACGACGAGACGAAUUCAGGAUCGCAUUCCAGCGACAGUUUCUCCCAGAACGAAAUAAAGAACUACUGGCGCUCAGCAGACGACGUUCGAAGGGCUAAAGACGACGUUAACGGUCAUAAAGAAAAAGCCAUGCGGUCUCGACGAAAACCGAAACCCUCGCACCAUCCGACCCUUUGCAAAGACUGUGCUCAAUCUAAUAAAUGUAAUUUGCAAAAGGAAUCGAAAAUGUUGGCAAAUAACACCACGGUGUCAUCAGACACGACGGUACCAAUGAUCACGCAUACGGCUGCGACUCCACAGGACUCUCCCUCAACGACAUUAGAACCUGGCGCUUCUUUCAGGGAUUUUAACAUGGCUCUCAGCUUAGAAAGAUCUUCCAUGCUAUCAAGUCUGGACUCCAUUGACAGAACCUCAUGUCAAAGCAUACCGGGGUUAUUAAAGCCACCAAACAGCUAUACGUUGACGUUGCAUUCUGCAGCAGCACAGCUGGCAGCAGAGAAGGCGCGUUUACCACCAACGACACUAGCACCUCCCACUUUAACCCUCGCCCUACCCCCUCAUCGGUCUGCUUCACCUGGAUCAACUCCAACCACACCGAGGUCAAUGCCUUCUCCGAUCCUACCUGAAAAGAAUCUGCAAGUCACUAUAACGAAGGACGAAAACUGCCUGAAUAUUAGCGACAAAUCUAGCCUACUGAGCUCGCAAAAAAGUGUAACUGUAGCAAACCCGGUUGCUAGUGGCGAGGAUAAGUGUAGGGUACAAAGGGGCUACAGCUGGAGGCCAUCAAGACCAAGUUUGAUGAAAAGGCAGAAACACAGGACGGGGUCAGACUCUGAUGCCAUUAUCUUGAACAAUGGGCGCGACCACGCUGUUUGCAAUGGUUCAAAUCUCCGCAAGAACGAGCUACCUCUAUCAUCUUCGAUGGUGAUAAAGAACGAUACCCAAUCAGAGUUCCCAAACAACCGGCCUCGAUCACAACUGCCCGCACCAAGAGUUUUGGCACCUCCAGCAGUAAGGAAGGUUUCUGCUCACGCUACACCUUUACUACCAGAUGUAUCCUGGAAGGCUCCAGAAGCUGGCUUCUCAUCAGACUCGACGGUGCGGCUUGAUACAGCAAAACCUCCACCACACAGACUGUCGCUUACCAACGACUAUUUGACAGUAACGUCAAUAUCGGAAGUAAAAGCAAGUAAUCUGCCACCACCUUCAGUGUCCCACCUGACGCCAAGAGUGACUCGACACGAAGUCCCACCACCUCUGCCGGCUCGACCAAACAACCAACCUUUGCCGCUCAUAAAGCAGAUUAAUGAAGAGGUGACAAUAAACAGUAAUGUGUGUAUAUUAUCAUCAAGAUUUGACCGGCGUACAUUCAGAUUUAAAGACUUUUUUCGUUUUAUGGAGCCCACCGGAUGCCUAAAAGAAAAAGAAGAUUAUUCUUUAUAUAUAUUUGCCCCAGACAACAAAAUAAGAAGAUUUUGUACUUGGAUGGUGACGAGAAACUGGUUCGACAAUAUAGUACUGCUGUUCAUAGCGCUCAAUUGUAUAACUUUGGCUAUGGAAAGACCGAAUAUUCCACCUGAUUCAAAGGAGAGAGCAUUUCUAUCCAGUGCUAAUUAUGUUUUCACGGUUGUAUUUGCAGUCGAAAUGUUGAUAAAGGUAAUUGCAUCAGGAAUGUUUUAUGGCCCAGAAGCGUAUUUCACCUCAGGAUGGAACAUCAUGGACGGCUCCCUUGUAAUAAUAUCCAUAAUAGAUUUGCUGAUGUCACUUGUGUCCGAAUCCAGUCCUAGAAUAUUUGGAAUAUUAAGGGUAUUUAGGUUAUUAAGAUCUUUAAGACCGCUGAGGGUGAUAAAUCGAGCACCAGGUCUAAAAUUAGUAGUACAAACUCUAUUAUCAUCACUGCGACCUAUUGGCAACAUCGUACUGAUCUGUUGUACAUUUUUCAUCAUUUUUGGCAUCUUGGGUGUUCAGCUAUUCAAAGGGGCAUUUUACCAUUGUGAAGGUGCGCACAUAAAGAAUGUGACCAACAAAUCAGAAUGUAAGGCGAUAGACGGCAAUGCGUGGGUGAACAGAAAAUACAAUUUCGAUGACCUUGGUAAAGCUCUGAUGUCCCUUUUUGUACUUAGCUCAAGAGAUGGUUGGGUUAACAUUAUGUACACGGGUCUUGAUGCAGUUGGCGUUGACAAACAGCCAAUAAGAAAUCAUUCUGAAUGGCGACUACUGUAUUUUAUUUCGUUUAUAUUGUUGGUGGGAUUUUUCGUAUUGAACAUGUUUGUGGGAGUGGUAGUGGAAAAUUUCCAUCGAUGUAGAGAAGAACAAGAAAAAGAAGAGAGAGUGAGAAGAGCGGCUAAAAGAGCACUGCAAAUGGAGAAAAAAAGAAGAAAAAUGCACGAAAGGCCGUACUAUUCAGAUUAUAGCCAAACUCGACUGUUUGUACAUAAUGUUGUCACAUCCAAAUACUUCGAUUUAGCCAUUGCUGGAGUUAUAGGCCUUAACGUAGUUACCAUGGCUAUAGAAUAUUACAGAAUGCCACCAGCACUGCAAUAUGCAUUAAAAAUUUUCAACUACUUUUUCACAGCUGUUUUCAUACUUGAAGCUAUAAUGAAACUAGUAGCUUUGGGUUUCAAAAUAUAUCUAAAAGACAAAUGGAAUCAACUGGAUGUAGGUAUAGUGAUAUUAUCAAUAGUAGGUAUAGUGUUAGAAGAAUUAGAGACAAAUAUAAUUCCCAUAAAUCCAACAAUAAUGAGAGUUAUGAGAGUGUUGAGAAUAGCCAGAGUACUGAAGCUAUUGAAGAUGGCAAAAGGCAUAAGAGCAUUGUUAGACACAGUGAUGCAAGCACUUCCUCAAGUAGGCAACUUAGGUCUGCUGUUUUUUCUAUUGUUCUUUAUAUUUGCGGCUCUUGGGGUAGAAUUAUUUGGCAGACUAGAAUGUUCAGACGAUGUUCCGUGUCAAGGUUUAGGAGAGCACGCUCACUUCGCGAACUUUGGCAUGGCGUUUUUAACCCUAUUUCGGGUCGCAACAGGAGACAAUUGGAACGGUAUCAUGAAGGAUACCUUACGCGAGGACUGUGACAGCUCUGUUGACUGUGUUCGCAACUGCUGCGUGUCAACCAUCAUUGCGCCCAUAUUCUUCGUUGUCUUCGUGUUAAUGGCACAGUUUGUGCUCGUCAAUGUCGUCGUUGCUGUCCUGAUGAAACAUCUCGAAGAAUCGCAUAAGCAAAUGGAAGACGAAAUAGAUAUGGAUGUGGAACUUGAACGUGAAUUAGAGCGUGAAGCUGAUGACGAAGAAGAUCGGGCACUCUGUAGAGCCUUGGAACAAUGCACCAGUCCAAUUCGGCCUUUGAACAAGGUACCGUCCCUUCCAGCCAACUUUACUUAUAGCGAACCUAAGCAACCAGCACUAUCACCUGCACGUCGCCGGCGUACACUGCACUCGCACCAAGCCUUACUACCGGCAUCACUAAAACCAAGAAGAUAUUCCUUAUCUCCUCACGCCUUUGGGCGGCGCCGACAGGAUUCCACAUCUGAUGCGCCAGCAGCAUUGUAUGAAGAAGACGCGCGUUUUAUUGACGCCGACGACAUUGACGAGCUAGAGCCCGGCAGUCCACCUCGACGAGAUUCAUUUGCACAUAAUCGCAGACAGCGCGCUGAUAAGCGGAAUUCACUCCGAGGUGAGGAAACCAGGCUCCUGCGACCGGCUCCGGUGCUUCUCGCUGUUCCAUCAUCACGACCUAAUGUUAGACAAAGUGGGUCUAAGCGUAGAUUGUCCACUGAAUCAGCUGCCACAAGUGAAAUAAGUAACGCAUCGCCACAGUCUCAAAGUCAGCUAACACUUGAACCAGUUGAUCAACCCAUAAGUGAAGAAGAAAAAAUAAGAAUAGUGAUAGCUGAAAGACGAAAGAUAGACGCUACAAGACCCGAACCAGACGAAGUGGUAGAACUGUCGGAAAGAGGCUCCUAGUCCAGGCGGGGCCGGCCGCAACAACACCAUGAAGUCUACAUCUAGAUGCUACUACACGUGGCGUUCGGAUGUAACCCUCACCUCGCGACAUCCUUUCCCAUAUCUCUCCUUCCUGUGUGCGCAGUGAAUUGUGAAAGUUUGAACUCGGUUGCACGACAGUAACACAGUGAUGAAAACGAUUUUAUAAACUAGAUGAGUUCCGACUUUAGUGCACUCCAGUGUCACGUUCUCGUUUUUAACCGAAAGAGUGAUAGAAUCUAUAAAUUGUGAAGUGAUAUUUUCCCACUUUUUUAACUUUGCACUUUCAACCACUGAUCCUUGCUUUUCUAUUUGCGGCCGGUUCAACAACUGUACAAAAGAGACUUUAAUAAAUUUAAGAAAUGUAUAAAUUAGUUAGAUAGGAAUUAGAACUAGUCAAUUUGUUGUGGUGGGAUGUUUUCUACGAGCGCUAACGUUCACUUCAGUGAGUAAUUUAUUAGUACGGUGCUUGCUGUUAAAGUUUGAUUCGUAAUUUCUAUUAAUUAGCUAUAUUUACGUGAGUUUCCGACGAACCUCAACGAAAAAUUGUUUCGUAGAAUAUUGUGAAAUUAGUGGUGGUACUUAAAUGUGAUGUAUUAGCAUUGUUUAAUUAAUUUAAUUAAUGUCAAUUGAGAUGUUAGAUUUUAUUUACAGUCAGGUUUCGAAUCAUUGAAUCGUAGAGUUACAUUUUAUGAAUAGUUAGUUACCUAUAUUGUAUUAUUUCCAACGAUAUAAGAUGCCUAUUUAAGAAUGCAUUAUGAAUUUAGUUAUUAUAAUUUCCAAGAUACCUUCUAGUCAACGACUGGUAGUCUUGUAGUAGUAAAUUACUAGCUAGACCUUUGUCGUCGUGUUAAAGGAACCAAUCGUUCUUGAAUUGAAAUUAGUUACAUUUGGAGAUAAAUAAGAAAUAUUUUUCUGAAUAAAUAUCUAUUUUUCUUACCGAGCCGUGCACGCUAUUCAGUCGUGUAACUGGCAAUACGCACAUUAGUUAAGUCGGCAGUUAAUGUGUAGACAAGUCAAUAGACAUUUAAUCCAUAAUGUUCCUAUCCAUAGAUUACUUUUAUUUCCAAUUGGUUUCUUACGUUAGCGCUUUUGCUAGCCGUGCCAAAUUUACUAUUUGUCUUUUACUUAAAUAAAUAGAACGUUAUUGACAUACAUAAUUAUGAAUUUUAAAACAUGUAAGUUGUAGUUGCUUCUUUUUAAACAACUUAACCACAAGCAGUUUUAAUAUGCUUGUGGAAAAGUGAUUAGUAACUUUUGUAAAAGCUGAUUGCUUAGUAAACUGAGACCUUUGACUUUGUGGUUAGUACGGUAAACAAAUGUAUUUCUAGUUAGGGAAAUCAGCAAUAAAUUUUAUACUUCGA